AUACGAGGAGCGAGCUGACGACUGGCGUGGUGCCUCCGCCCCCCUUUCUUGUUGCAUGGCAACAACAAACACUUGCUCCUGUGGACCAGAUCCCCGGAGGAGUUGAUGCUGGGCGGAGUCAGAGCAGUUCUUGAGGUUCAAGGAGGCGGGGGAGACCUGAGCUCACGCUUGCUGAGACAGAAGUCACAGCAGGAUUAUGCCCCUCAGGGCAAGAGGAAGGUGGGAGCUCGGCUGUGGCUUUAGCCUGGCCAGCUUUCAAGGCUAGGACAAGGACAGGGUCGGGAAUUGGAAGGACCCGGGGGGAGCGGAGAGCUGGACGGGAAGGAGGGGCCAACGGGAGGAUUCAGUGUUAGAGUUCAGAAACUGCCGCCGUAACCCAAGAACAAAGUUGCAUGCAGAGCCAACCUAAGAGCUUCAAAAUCGGGAUUCCUUACUGAGAAAGGCAGGGGCCUUAGCAAUCCAAGAAGCUUAAAAUGUCAGCUGAAUCCUCCCCUUCAGUGACCUUAUACUGUGAUGGCAGGUGAAACCAGUAGGUUUUUGGCCGGAGCAACUUGGUGAAUGGUGGUGCCACUUACUGAAAUAAGGAAAACUGAAUAGAGUAUAAUGAAAAAGGAGUGUUGAUGUGUUUGAGGCUUAGAAAGAUGUAUAACAUAAAACAGUCAACAGAUACCAAGGAAGCAGCAGCCAUCGAGGCUAGAAGAAAUCGAGAAAAAGAGCGACAAAACCGAUUCUUCAAUGUGCGGAACCGAGUCAUGGGGGUGGAUGUCCAGGCCCUGAACAACCAGGUGGGAGACCGAAAGCGUCGGGAAGCAGCAGAAAGAAGCAAGGAGGCAGCUUAUGGUACCAGCCAGGUGCAGUAUGAUGUGGUAGUCCAGAUGUUAGAGAAGGAAGAGGCAGAUCGAACAUGUCGGCUGGCCAAGAAAGUCCAGGAGUUUCGGGAGCAGAAGCAGCAGCUCAAGAACGGGCGUGAAUUUAGUCUUUGGGAUCCAGGCCAAGUCUGGAAGGGGCUUCCAACCUAUCUUAGUUACAGUAAUACCUAUCCUGGUCCAGCCAGCCUGCAGUACUUCUCUGGGGAAGACCUAGACAGGGACACACGGCUGAGAAUGCAGCAGGGGCAGUUCAGGUACAACUUGGAAAGGCAGCAGCAGGAGCAACAGCAAGCCAAGGUUGAUGAGAAUUAUGCAGAUGCGCUCAGUAACCAGCUGCGCCUCGCCAUGGACGCGCAGGCCACCCAUCUGGCCAGGCUGGAGGAGUCCUGUCGUGCGGCCAUGAUGUGUGCCAUGGCCAACGCCAACAAAGCGCAGGCAGCUGUGCAGGCUGGGCGUCAGCGCUGUGAGCGUCAGCGUGAACAGAAGGCCAACCUUGCGGAGAUCCAGCACCAGAGCACGAGUGACCUACUGACUGAAAACCCCCAGGUCGCCCAACACCGUAUGGCUCCCUACCGGGUCCUGCCCUAUUGCUGGAAGGGCAUGACUCCAGAGCAGCAAGCUGCCAUCAGGAAAGAGCAGGAAGUACAACGCUCUAAGAAGCAAGCACACCGUCAGGCUGAGAAAACAUUGGAUACUGAAUGGAAAAGCCAGACCAUGAGCUCAGCCCAGGCAGUGCUGGAGCUAGAAGAGCAGGAGAGGGAAUUGUGUGCUGUAUUUCAAAGGGGUCUAGGAUCCUUCAACCAGCAGCUGGCUAAUGAGCAAAAAGCCCAGCAGGAUUACCUGAAUUCAGUAAUCUACACCAAUCAACCUACAGCCCAGUAUCACCAGCAGUUUAACACCAGCAGCCGCUAAGUUCAGGAUGUUUAUCUCUCCCUUCUCAUCCAUCAAGCUCACAGGUGGUUAGGAGUCAAAGAGAAAAAUGCUGCAUACUUCCACCUUCUAACCUAGGUAAUAAAGUUCUGCACUCAAAAUCAAGUCCA